AUCACUGUUUGGUAUAUAUAUAUCUAGGCAGGUAGAAGAGGGUCUUUGCCUGCCGUUUUUGAUUUUGAUCGGAUACACCCACUACCUAUAAAUAUGUUACGAUUCGCUGCUGUUGUCGCUCUUUUGGCUUUUGCCACGGCUGUUGACGUCACCCUGAACGGAGAGUGGGCAGCUUUUAAAAAAACCUACAACAAGAACUAUGGAGAGGUUGAAACAAUGAGGCGUAUGAUCUGGGAGAAGAACCUUGCAUACAUUCAACAACACAACCUGGAGGCUGACCGUGGCGUGCACACCUAUUGGCUUGGGAUGAACGAGUAUGGAGAUAUGACAAAUGCUGAAUUUGUCUCCAAAAUGAAUGGAUACCGCUUCAACGCCUCCAAGCCACGGCCUACAGGGUCUCUGUUUAUGCCGCCUUCAAGCCUGAACAGUCUCCCGACCACUGUCGACUGGAGGCAGCAAGGGCUGGUCACACCUGUCAAGAAUCAGGGACAAUGCGGCUCCUGCUGGGCAUUCUCCACGACUGGGUCUUUGGAAGGCCAGACUAUGAAGAAGACUGGGAAACUGCCGUCGCUUUCAGAGCAAAAUCUAGUGGACUGUUCUACUAAGCAAGGUAACAUGGGGUGUAAUGGAGGCCUGAUGGAUCAAGCCUUCCAGUAUAUCAAAGUAAACAACGGCAUUGACACAGAGGCAUCCUACCCCUAUGAGGCCAAGGACGAUACGUGCCGUUUCAACCCCUCCAAUGUUGGUGCAACUGAUACAGGAUUCUCUGACAUCAAGUCAGGCAGUGAAACGGAUUUGCAAACGGCGGUUGCUACAGUAGGACCUAUUUCCGUUGCCAUUGACGCCAGUCACCUGUCAUUCCAGCUUUACAAAUCAGGUGUAUACCACAGCUUUUUCUGUAGCAAGACUCGCUUGGAUCAUGGCGUUCUAGCUGCCGGUUACGGAACAGACGGGGGCAAAGAUUAUUGGCUCGUGAAGAACAGUUGGGGUCCAAGCUGGGGAGAACAGGGCUAUAUCAAAAUGUCUCGUAACCGUGACAACAACUGUGGAAUUGCUACCCAAGCCAGCUACCCUCUUGUCUAGAUGAGCAACGUUAGAGCGGAACAGCAGCAAGACAAAUUCCCAGUUGGAGGUUUUUCUUUAGUAUUUUUUUUUUUUUUUGUUAAUUUUCAAACCAAAAAAUAGCUGUUAAAUCGUUAAUUAGAAUUAUUCUAAACACUUGUAGGA